CCUGCCUGCUGUAAGAGAAUAAUGGCUGCUGUAGCUUAUACCAGAACAUCCCCUGCCAGCCUCUCUCACUAUGGAAGGCCCAAGGCGUCCUAUGCGGUGUUGUUAUCCAGCUCCUCUAGCCCCCUCCCCCAAGGAGCUAUCAAUGAGAAGGAGCACAUGCAGGAGCUGAACAGCCGUCUGGCCACAUAUUUGGAGAUGGUUUCUAAACUGGAAAAAACAAACUCAGAACUGGAGCUCAAAAUCCGAGAAAGAAUAUCAGAAGGCAAACCUAGGAUUAGAGACUACAGCAAACAGUUUGAGAUCAUUGAGACCCUGAGGAGACAGUAUUAUAUUACCUCCAUUACCCCAGCUGGUGUACUUUUCAAAAUGAGUAAAGAAACGGAUCUAUUUAAACUAAGAUCCACAAUUUAUGAUAGUCUAAGUAAUAUAUUUGAAGAAGAAGAAACUAUAGUCCAAAAUGAAAACAAAAACCAACAAAUUAUUAGAAAUGAAAGCCUAAAAGACUUGAUGAAAGAAUUAGAGAACAAAUUAUUAAGUGAAAUGAGACAAAAAAUCGAAUAUGCCUCUCUUAGCAAAUACAUUGAAGAGAAGUUAGUACCAAGAGGGUUGAGAAUAAAGAAACAAUGUUCAUUUAAAAUAGAAGAUGAAAUAUUCAUUAAAAAAUGGAGAGAAAUUUUAGAAGAAGCAUCAAUAAAAUUAAUGGAACUAAUUAAAGAAUUCAGAGGAGACACCCUAAUUAAACUAGGAAACCAAAUAAAUGAACUAGAAGCUAAAUUAGAACAUUUUAAAAAGGAUAAAGAAUUUCUUGAAAGGGAACAAAUCAUAAAAGAUCUGCUUAAAACUACUAAAAAAGAAUUAAUUGAAAUAAAGAAAAGGAAAUUAGAAAGGGACAGAGACGAUUACACUCAUUUUAAAGGUAAAGAAGGUGAACAAUAUUUCAGCACACAUAAUUGGAGAUACAAUAAAUUUCAAAAUACCACAAUUGAAAAUAAUGAUAAAAUCAGAGAUGAAGUUAAGAAACAAAGGGAGGAGAAAUUCAACCAAACACAACAAGUAAAUUCUGAAAAACAAGACCAUAAGUGGAGCUCUGAGAGUGCUAUACGUCAGUCCGUGGAAGGGGAUAUUGGCUCAUUAGUGAGCGUAAGGAACAAUCACCAAUCUAUCAACGAGGGUUUGCGUAAUGAGGUUGAGAUUCUGCAGAAUGAGUUACUCGCCUUAAAAAAACAGCAUGAACAGGACCUUGCUGUCCUCAGAGAAUCGCUAGCCAAGGGAAAAGUGAGCGUUGAGGUAGACGCUGUGCAAGGCCCAGAUCUCAACUCCAUUUUGGCUGAAAUCCGUUCGCAAUAUGAGGAUAUAAUGAAAAAGAAUAAAGAAGAGGCAGAUGUUUUGUUCCAGUCCCAGUCUGAAGCUCUGAGUGUGCAAGUGGAGCAAGAGGACCGAGCAGUAAAGUCUGCGCAGGAUGAACUGAGGGACAAAAAGAGCCUCCUGCAAGAGCUACAGCUGUCGCUAGAGACAUUGAACAACCAGGUUAACACCCUGAGUGGUAAUGUCCAGGACACGGAGCUCAGAUACAGAGCAGAGCUGGAGAAGUUGCAGAGCCACGUGACACAGCUAGAGAAGGAGAUGGCUGACGCAGCACGCAAUAUGCAGAACAACAAGUUGCAGUAUGAAGCUCUGCUCAGAAUUAAGGAGACGCUAGAAGCUGAAAUUGCUGAGUACAGACGUCUGCUGGAGGGGGAGCCGCAGGAAAAGGUGAUAAUUCCUGAGCCCAAACAACCUGACAUCAGAACUAAGAAGAUAGUUAAGAUUGUUACCCAGACUCUUGUGGAUGGGAAAAUCGUUGGAGAAUCCAGCGAGGUGGAAGAGUUUGAGAACGCAGAGAAAAGCAAAGCAAACAUACUAAAUAUUGCUGUCCCUAGAGGUUCUCAGUAACUUGUUUUAUAAAAUGAUAUUUGUGCCCAGUGUUCUGAGCAGAAUCAUAUAAUCAUGUUGUGCUACCCUAAUACAGAAGCGUGUAACUAAGUAAUAAACCCCAGAUAUGAAACCGAGCCCACAAACACA